AUGUCUUUCCUAUUUGGCGGCCGCCCUCAAAUAUCCUCGGAGGAGAAGAUCCAAAGAGCAGAGCUCGAGUUCGAGAUGAUCACGGACAUGGUCAACCGACUCAACGCUGCAUGCAUGAAGAAAUGCAUUCCUCCAGACUAUCGGGAAGGCGAUCUCAACAAAGGCGAAUCCGUCUGCCUCGACCGCUGCGUUUCUAAAUUCUUCGAGGUUCACAUGAAGGUGUCGGAGAAGAUGGCCCAGAUGCAAGGCCAAGCCGGCGCCGGUCAGCCGGGAGCUGGUUUUGGAAUGUGAUCUUGUUCUUAUUUUUUUUUUUUGUUUUUUUAUUUGUUUUGUCUAUUGGGAGCUAAAUAAUAGAUGGGCUGGGUUGUCUUUCGCUUUUUGGUCGCAUGCGCAAGAAAUAAAACAACAACUCGCUGGGCGAAAUAUUCUGAGCCUUAGGAAUCUUUCUCCAUUACAGUUACGGGCCAUCAAUGCGUCGUUUUAAUGAUAUUUUGUACAUUAUGCAAAGAAUUCACCUUUUUGUUCUCUCC